UAGUUUGAGUGCGGUCGCCCCCGCACCGCACCGCUCACUACAAUACAAUAACUUUCGUUACGCAUUGGGCGGCUAUGGCGAUUUAUUUAUUUUAGCAACACUUUGAGCUUCAGAACGAAUUAACUGUAAAAUAUUAGAUAACGGAUAAAUCAGGAAAUUAAUUAUACUACUGCAACAUAAUGCUUAGUAAUAACUCAUUCAUCGUUCAACUUCCUUUUUUUUCAAUUUUAUAUACGUAGGCUAUUUCAACGUUCUAGAACUGUCAAUGACGUAACACUGGUUAUUUUACGUAAAUUUGCCUAUUUAAAUGAAACGCACUUGUGAACUCUGUAUUGUGUUCUCUGUCUCUGUGAGAAAUGGCAUUCUUCUCCUUGUUCGUGAGCCUCAUCAUGUUCUCUAUGGUGAACAGCAGCUUCUCUGAGGGUGAAGCUUCUCUUCGAGGCUGCACUUUUUUCAAGUGGCCCUUCACAGCUCUUUGUGAGUUGGGCACUGUCUGGGGUGUGGUGGUGCCAGUGGGAGUGGGAGGGGCAGCCCUGGUCUCCCUGAUCCUGGCCCUGCUGCUGCUGUCCCGCUUGACGCGGAACAUCGAGGCGGAAAGGCGUAGCGGGGUAGCACCGUUGCUGUUGAUGCUUACCAGCAUCUUUGGGCUCUGUGGCCUCAGCACGGUGUAUCUCACUGAGGAGGGCCAGCAUGCAUGCAUAUAUAGAUAUGCUAGCUUGGCGGCGUUGUUUGUGCCAUGCCUUGCAUGCCUGCUGGCCCAGGGCAUGCGGCUGCACCGGCUGGCACAGACAACGCCUAGCCUCUUUAUUGGAGCCAUGCUGGGGUUCACUGGCUUGUUGGCCGGGACACAAGGUCUCACAGCUACCCUAUGGGUAGUUGUGAUUACCAUAAAUCAAGGCCAGCUGGCCUGUCGGUCCCGGCCAUUGGACUUCAGCAUGGCAUUUAUAUAUGUGCUGAUCCUCCUCAGUGCGGCGCUCUCAGGGGUGGCAUGCAGUUGGUUCAGGAAGCAGCAGCACAGCAAAUGCAGGGUUGCAUGGCUGCUUGCCACCUGGCUUACCUCUGCCGUGCUGUGGGCUGCCAGGCUCACCUUCCACGUUUAUGCCAACGCAGCACUCGGUCUGCCCUCCACCUGGGACGACCUUGAGCAUGCGUUGGUGCUGGUGGUGCAGGCCUGGCUCCUAUUGCUGCUGCAUGCCAUCCCUGAGGCCCACACCUGGCUGCGCCUGGCCUCGCAGCGCUCUUUGCAGACCCCGGUGGUGAUUGUUAAUGGCUUCAGUGAGGAGAUUUCACUCUCCUCCUGGCCAUUUGGACAUAUCCAGGGCUCCUGGUCUGAUCGGAGCUGCUCAGUUUGGAACACCAGCUUCGAAGCAGGGCCCAGUACACCGUUUGGCAGCAACGAGUCCAUUGCUUUCACCAUCCCAGACGAGGGAGAAGUGAGUGUAGCUUCUCAUUCAGUACCUUGCACACACAGACACACACAUUCGGGUUUAUAUGGUUUAGAAGGACAUUUUUCUCAAACCCUGCCUGCUGAGGUUUACAGGGACUACCCUUUCCUCAGCUCCUAGAGCUAUGUCACAUAGAUAAAACUGCUUCAAAAAUCAAGGCUACAGAAAGGUCACUUUAGACCUAUAUACAUCACCCUGAAGUUAUGGUGGUUUGCAAGCCCUUUUCUCUUGGUGACAUAUACAUUGCUUAUAAGGUCAAAACAAUCACUAGAAGGACAUUAAAGGGCCAUUUAAAUGGAACUUAAUAUGCACACACACAAACCUGAUAGGAUACAGCAUUACAAGGACAGGUCGGGUUUUUGGGAUUACCUAUCAGCCAAUAACAGUGGGCCCCCAGGACUGGGGUUGCAAACCACUCCGGCAUGAGCUGAGGAGGGGUGUUCAUGCUUCCUCCUAUGGUCAUGCCACAGUAUAUUGAUGUCAUGCCAAGAAGUUUUCCUUCAGCUGCUCAUCACACUUGCAAGGAAUUUUACACCAGUGUUUCCUGCAAAACUAUGUUGUUAAUGACAUUGUUGUUAAAUGAUAGUUGGACAGUUACUAAAUACAAUGCUUCACAUACUUCCAUUCGAAUCCGUAAAUGAAUAAAAGAUGUUAUGAUAUUGGAAGUACAAUUGUUUGUGUAUUAUUAAAGUCAUGACUGACUGUGACAUAGAUAAAGGCCACAUAUCAUAAGAAAUUCAGGUAAAAUAAAAUUCAAACAUUUUCUAGAAAAACCUACCAAUAUCUGCAGAGGCACAAAACACAUGGUCAUCAAUUUCUGAUUCAGGUCCAGCAGCCACAUGAUCACAAUCUGAUGCAUCAACCAUAGGUUCACUGGUGCCAGACUGUGUUAUUCACUUUCAUAUUUGUCAUCAACGUCAGAGUCACUUACUUCAACUUCACCUGGAAAAUAUUAUUAAAGAGAUAUUAAUGUAUGUGCAAGGUUUUUUCUCUUUAAAUUGUACCAGUUUUAAUACUAACCAUCAAUUUCGAUUUCAUCAAGCGAUUUCCCUUGCACACUGGAAUGCUGCCCUUUUUCCAUUGCCAAAAGUAGUUUGGAAAUUUUAGCCAGUUGCGUGGUGGGAAUGGGUAACCCUAUAGAAAUCGCGAUGAACACGGAGGUCAUGACCAAGGAAGUCCGCGAGUUGGUCCAGUUCAUUGUUUUUUAAAUUGAGCACUUGUGACAGUGUAGCCACAUGUUUUCGGAGUUGGGUCGACCUGAGCUGCUCAGGAUUUUUUACUCCACACCGACUAGCAUGAAUGCAUACUGUAAACAGU